CGGGCGGGGGAGACGCUGAAGGCUGAGGGGAGAGUUCCCGUUCCAGCUCGGAGUUGCAGCGCGGAGCACCCAGACCCAAAGAUGCCCUCAGCGGCAACCUACCUCGCCCUCUCCACCAUCAUCUUCUGUGUGGGACCGCAACAAGUUGGUUCCACCUUGAGGUUGAAGAAUGUAAAGGUUCUGCCUCAUGAAAAGGGACUGAAAAUCCUCUGGGAGCUACCACAGGAUGUAUCCAAGGGACGUGUGAAUUAUUACAAAAUUGGUUAUGGCAAAACGCUGGAAAACAUCAACUUCAUCAAAGUGGGGAAAGAUACCGAUUCUUGUGUUGUGGAGGACAUUAAGCCAGGGGAAUUGCAUUUUCUGAUGGUGACGGCAGAGGGCCAAGUCAGACAGAGGCAGCCAAUGUCCCAAGACCGGAGUGCCACUGACAGGGGAGCAACAUUAAGGUCAAAGAAUGUGCCCAUGGAAUCUUCUGCUGUUACACAUUCACGUCGGUUACGAUCACCCCACAACCUUCGAGUUAGAGGCUAUCCACCUGGUUACAGAGCCAGUGGCAGGAGAAUGAAAUAUGCACGAUAUCCUCAGGAACAAAGAAGACGUGAAUUACAGAGAGUUGCAGUUAAUCCAAUGUCGAGAAUAUCUUCACGAGCAAGGAGUGCUUUGGGGCAGCGGAAAUCGGUUUCCAGAGCAAACCCAGCGAAACACAGAGUAGCUGAGACUGAUGAGUUACAUGAACCCAAAGACAUUUCAGUUCGAGUUAUGAGUCCACAAUCUGUGCUUGUUAUGUGGGUCGACCCUGCAUUUGAAAAUGGAAAGACCUCUGGUGCAACCUCAGACAGAUAUUACACGGUUCGGUACAGAGAGAGAGGAGAAUCCGCCCAAUGGGAAUACAAGACAUCCAAGAUAUACAGGCGAGUUCUGAUUGACAAGCUGACAUCAGAUUCCAUACAUGAAUUCUCUGUUCGCACUUCUCAAGGAGACAGAAAUGGCAAAUGGAGUGUUUCAGUCUUCCAAAGAACCCCUGAGUCUGUUCCUUCUGCCAUUCCUGGGAACUUUGAGGUGAAGCCACUGGGUGAAAAAGGAACGGCAGUGACUGCAUCUUGGGAUCAUCCAAACGAUCGCAAGGGGAAGGUCACAGAAUACAUCGUUUCAUAUGCCCCAGCUCUCAAACCAUUUGGGGGGAAGACGGUGACUUUUCCUGCGGACGUUACGGCAGCAGUAAUCGAUCAUCUACAGCCUGGGGAACGCUAUGUUUUCAAAGUCCGAGCAGCAAACCGGAAGGGGCCAGGUCCUCAGUCCAAGACCCUCAGUGUUGUUCUGCCAAAGUCUGACAACAUUGCUGCAACUUCGUCUCGUCGGAACCAACGCAAAUUUCAUAUUUCUCUCACAUCCGAGACUUCUUCAGAUUCCAAAUCCUUCUCCAAAAUGCCUUCUUCAUCCGUUACGAAACCCAUCAGAAAAUCUUCGGAUACCCUUCCUGAUUCUGAAUUAUCUUCACUGUCAUCUGUUUCUGAUACUGAAAUAGCACAAAACAUGCAUUUGGCUUCCUCAUUAAUCCCUCCAUCAACCCCCUCAGUACCAUUAAAAUAUUCAGCAGCAAACCUGAGAAGAAACAGUCAAAUGUUAAGCAGAGUAAGGACUAUUUCCUCUGUAUCCCCACCCAAUGUAAGUCCACUUCGGCUAAGAGUAUCAAAUUCUAAAGCAAGUCCGAAAAGUCCAAAUGUUUCUGGCUUUUCACCUGCUCUGAUUCGAACUGAAGCAAAACAGCCAAGUCGUGAUGAGUCCGAUCUUCAGACCACAUCUUCUUAUUCCCCUUCCAGAUCUUCUGGGUAUUCAGAGGAAAACAUUGAAGAGUUAAGUGUUGAGGAGGAAGACAAGCAAAACAAAAAAGGGGAGACUCCCAGUUUAACUGACUUGAAGCAAUCUUAUCAUAAUUCCAUGCUGCACAGGCAAUCCUCAAAACUUCAAUCACCCAAGUCGGUCUUUGUUCCUGAUGCUACUUCAAGACAGCCAAUAUCUAGAACAGGCUCAAAUUCACGUCCAUUUCGCACAAAAGCACCCACAAUCUCCUUGACGUGGCCAUCUCCACCUAAAAGAAAAGUUAGUCCUGAUCCGGAUAAAAAGCCAGUUUCCUCAGCAACUUCUAAUUCUGCUUCUGAAUUAAAACCAACCGCCUCCAGCAGUUCCUCGCAACGUUUUCCAUCUUCUUUAACCAAGUUGUCUUCAGGAAAUUCAGGUCAAUUUUCACCAUUGGUUUCUAAUUUCCCCAGCAUCAAGCUGUCAUCUGGGACUGAGAAGAAACCAUUUUCCUCUCGGGCAUCCUCCCAGUCCCAACCUUCUUCACCAGUCCGUUCCUCCGCUUCAGUGUCGUCAGAAGGCUCACGCUCAGUUUUGUCAAGAAAUCGCUUUUCUGCCUCCCCGCUAACUUAUGCUGGAAGACCUGAUGGUAAAAGUAGAGCAUCUUCUUCUUCUGUACAAUUGAGAUAUCCCUCUUCAUCAUCAUCGUUAUCUUCCACUUCACAGGGACGUUCUCGCUUGGUUCAACCAACCCAUUCCUCUUCAGUUCCCAAUGGGAAAACUACAACGAUUCCUCCGGCACAACCAGUUACUCCCUCAGUAUAUCAGUUUGUCCCUUCAUCGUCAUCUACGAGACACUUCAGACAACGGUUAUCUUCACUUCCGUCCGGGUCCAAAAGAACAGGAAGACGACAAUCGAUUCCUCCCCUCGCUCCAUCCUCACCGCAUCAUUCCACAUCACAUCUGCAACUCCCAUCUCCUGCAGCUUCAAAUCAACAGCGAAUCACUGGGCCACGAACACGGUCUCCUUCAAGAUCAAGUGAUAUUAGAGAUUUUGGGCGUGCUGGAAGGUUUCGGCAGUUUGGAAAGGCCGGCCCAGAUCAAUGGAAAAAUAGGAGACCAAACUUGACAGCUGAAAGAGGGAAUAAAGUUUCAUCCAACAAACACGAUAGUGAAAAAACAACAGGACGCAGAGUCAUCAUGGGCCCUCAAGACACUAAAUGGAUUGUGGACCUUGAUCAGGGAAUACUGAUGAAUCCUGAAGGACAAGUGCUCCAAGAUACGGCGGGAAAUCCGCUCCGGAUACAGUUGGGAUCAGAUGGGCGUACGAUAUUAGAUCAGGAAGGAACCCCAAUCUUGAGUCCAGAUGGCUUGGCUCUGUUUGGACAUGGGCGAGAUGGUAAGCCUUUAGAUGGCCCAAUGGAUAAGCCAAUUUUGUCAGUUGGAGGUAAACCGGUCAUUGGAUUUGUCCGGCAACUGGAAACAACGGUUGUGCCAAGAACAACCACCACACCAGAGCCGACCACAACCACCACACCACGGCCGACCACAACCACCACACCACGGCCGACCACAACCACCACACCAGUGCCGACCACAACUGAGUUAACAACCGUACUGGUAACUGAAGUUCCAGAAUGUCCCACGGGCAGUGUGGCGAGAUUGGAUGAAAAUGGUUACCCUGUUUGGAGUCCUGUCGGAAAAAUCGAAUGUGAUGAAGAAGAAGAGUCUUCAGGGAUGGAACCAGAUUUGAUGCCAACUGUUUACAUGGAAGGCGACUCUUUGGAUUCUUUAGACAUUAAAGAAGGGUUUCAGAUAAUUACAAGUACCACACCAACAACAACUGAGUCUGCAACCAAGGUAGAGCCUGUGCGGUCGUUUAACGCAAUCCCCCAGUCGGAUUUUGAUGUGGCAGGAAACAGACGGUUUGUAGCUGCUCAUGUGAAUUAUAUCAGCAAAGAUCCUGAUGCCCCUUGUUCAUUGACGGAUGCGCUGGACCACUUUCAGGUUGAUUCCUUAUUGGAUAUUAUUCCAAAACAAAUGAUGGAAAAUAACUUGCCACCCGAGCAGCCCCCGCACAACAUCACCAUUGUGGCUGUAGAAAGCUGCCAUUCCUUCAUCAUCCUGGACUGGGCAAAACCUCAAAAGGGUGAAUACGUAACAGGUUAUCUCAUCUACAGCGCCUCGUAUGAUGACGUCUUGCAGGAAAAUUGGUCAACAAAGCCCACAAUCGGCAGCACACAUUUAGCGAUAGAAAAUCUGAAGCCAAGCACAAGAUAUUAUUUUAAAAUUCAAGCAAAAAAUCCAUUUGGUUUUGGUCCCAUUAGUGAAACCUUGUCUUACGUUACAGAAUCAGAUAACCCACUGAUUAUUAUCAGACCACCUGGAGGUGAGCCGAUUUGGAUUCCCUUUACAUUCAAUUAUGAACCGUCUUCCAGCGAAUGCGAGGGAAAGCAGUAUGUGAAGCGAACCUGGUAUCGCAAGUUUGUUGGUGUGGUACUUUGCAACUCACUUCGAUACAAGAUCUUCCUAGCUGAAGGACUGAAAGAUACAUUUUACAGCAUUGGUGAUGCUUGGGGAAAAGGAGAGGACCACUGCCAGUUUGUUGAUUCUUUCCUAGAAGGAAGGACAGGAACACAUGAAUAUCCUGCAUCCCUGCCUGUCAUCCCAGGUUAUCACCGGAGUUAUCGCCAACAGCCAGUGACAUUUGGCCUGAUUGGUGGAGUUGGGAAUUAUGGUGGAACACCUAAUUACUACGUGGGCUGGUACGAAUGUGGAGUACCUAUUCCAGGAAAAUGGUAACAAGCUGACUUUGUGGAAACUGCUGGUGGAGAAGGUAGCAGCUCGACAUGUACGUGAGGCUAAUUAACUGAGAGCUGGGAAAGCCCUUUGCAAUAGAACAUGGAACAAUCAUCGAAUCACCAAGACUUUUCUCUCACAAUUACAAACACUGUUUCUUCAAUAAUGUACUGGAGUAUUUCAAAUAUCCUGUUUUAUACAAUGCCCUCCAUAAUGUUUUGGGACAAAGACCCAUCAUUUAUUUAUUUGCCUCUAUACUCCACAAUUUGAGAUUUGUAAUAGAAAAAAAUC